GACCACAUGCUUGCUGAAUUCAUAUAGCGUAUGGGUUGCGGCGCAUCAGCUGCCCAGGCUUCUGUGCCAAACUCUGUUGACGAGAAGAAUGAGAAGAAUGAGGGCAAAGCUUCGUGGAAAGAUCGGAACGGACCAAGUGAUGACCCUGCACUCCUUCAUCUUCUCGAAGCAGCCGGGCUGGUGGAACAGCUGUCGGCCCUACGCUCCCUUGGUGUUGCCAAGCCAUCGCAUAUUUCAGACUUGCUCGUGGAGGACUUGGAAGAGGUUGGCCUUUCGAGAGUACAGAUUCGCCAAUUGCAGCGAGCCUUGACCGAGCCACACGACAGUUCUCCUUCCCAUUCACCUUUGAGAUCAAAUGAACGCAGUGAAGCCGCUCCACUUCUGCAAGACGUGUCGCCAACUCUGAAGGAGUCCAGGCAUCCUUGCAAUGUGGACAGACAUGACCUUCCUGGGCGCAAUGGCUGCACAGCAGGGGUCCUACGGCAAAUGACAGAGAUGCAGAAGGCAGUGGAGGAACCGCCACUGGAGAGAUUAACUGAUGUUGUGGAUGACCACCGAGGAGCUCAUCGGCCCGAGGAGAAAGAUCCAAGCGCAGCAAGGACGUCCGGAGCUCCGCCACCUUACGACAAGCGCUUCGGUGCUGAACAGCUGAGUCCGGGUGACUCUGUUGUCACUUUGGGAUCAAAAGCACGGGCCGGCGGACCUCAUUUCACCAGACCGCCCUUGUACAAACAGACGCCCAGCGUCCGCGUCACGUCAGACCACGGUCCGACUGACGCAAAAACGUCCUCCGGCCAAGGCGCUAUUUCAAACCCAUGGACUGAGUGUCCGCAGGCAGUCUCAGCGGUCCAACCUUGCUCAGCGCAGCUGGAGCAAGAGUCGCCCGAGGCGUUGAGAGCAGAGGAUCUCAGCGAUUCAUCCCUUGAUUUCGAUGUGACUUUGCUUCCUGAACUUCCAGAACUUCAAAACCCGGAAGUGCCAAGAGUAUUGCAUCAAGAUGAAACUACACCCUUGCUCAUGAAGAGGCAAGAUUCCUUCGGAGCAGGGCCUCAACCGAAUGUGGACGCCCCCACUCCGAGUGCACAGCUUCCAGCUGCUUUGCGUCAGCGAUUGGAGGCUCGAGAGGAGGUGCGGAAGGCCCAGAGAAGUCGAGACGCAACUGAAGCUCAGCCCAGGGUACGGAGCCCACCACGACGGGAGCCGCGGAGCAUGUCUGAAAGGCCAUGCAUGAACCGCACUUCUAGCGGCCCUCGUGCAGCGUCGCUGGGAGCAGCCAGCAGGCAAAUGUUCAGCAAGAAUGAGCUGCGAGCUGCUAAUCGGGCGCCCUUCCUGAAUGCAAUCGAGAAGUAUCAGGCAAAGAUUGUUGAAGCGCUUGCAGGCAUUCCCACUGCCUCUCCAGGUGACAAAUUUCAUUCAGGAUGCCGGCCUGUCCAGGUCUAUGUCCGCAAGCGGCCCCUUUUCCCACAUGAGGAGGCGAAGCGAAACGAUUUUGACGUUGUCUCGAUUCUCUCAGGUAGUCCACCUACGCAGAUGGUUCUGCAUAAUUGCCUUUUCCAAGCAGAUCUUCGCACGCCAGUCGUUCACCAUGUGCGUUUUGCCUUUGAUCAUGUUUUUGGCGACGAAGUCAGUGACGAGGAAGUGUACAGGGCCUCGGCAUCAAACUUGGUUGAAUCCACGAAGGAAGGCCGUGCGAACACCAUCUUGAUGUUUGGGCAGACUGGCAGUGGGAAGACUCACACGAUGAAGGCGAUCGAACACCUUUGCGCAAAAGACCUGUUCCAAAGUGGAUGUCAAAUGUCCUUGACAUUUGUAGAGCUUCGAGGUUCACGCUGCUUUGACCUGCUGCUGCCGCACCUCCCAGAGGUGCGGCUGCGGGAGCAAAAAAAGGGUGACAGGAAAGAGGAGAGCUCAGCCUUUGUCCCAGAUGGAGCGCAUGAGCUACAGGUCGAAAGCCCCGAGGCAUUGCUGGCCAUAUUCCAAGCGGCGCGACAUCGGAGAGCCACGAGCGCGACGGAGGCCAAUGAUGAGAGCUCCCGCAGUCAUGCAAUUUGCACUCUGCGUCUGGGCAGAUCUUGCUCUCAAAGCUUUGCGACCGGGCGCAGCGGUGGGUGCGGUGGUUCUUUGACAUUAGUGGAUUGUGCUGGUACAGAGCGGAGAAAGGAUUCAGCGAAUCAUACCCGAGAGAGGCAGCAAGAAGGGGCUGAGAUCAAUGCAUCACUGCAUGCCCUCAAGGAGUGCAUUCGUUUCAUGUCUAAGGGCCAUCGAAUUCCUUCGCAUGCCUUUCGGGCAUCGGCGCUCACCAAGCUACUGGCCACGUCCCUGUCUUCUGCAGACACCAGGCUCUCAGUCAUUUGCACCGUUGCACCGGCUGCAUCUGAUACGGAGCAUACUCUUUCGACCCUUCGAACCGGAAUGACCUUGCGAGUCAAGGCACCUGAACAAGAUGUGGAAAAGGAAGUGCUGCCAAAUAUCACCAAGCAGCGAGAUCCGCAUCCUCGCCAGUGGUCACCGCAACAAGUUCAAGCUUGGCUCAGGCAGCUGGAAGAUGGUCUUUUUGCCGACGUGUGCUCCACCCUGCCUGCAGAAUUCACUGGUCAAAUGCUGGUGCGCCUCAGCGAGGGGCAUUGCGUCCAGCUGUGUGGGUCAGAAAGCCGAGGUCGUUUGCUCUUUGAUUUGCUGCAUCAAGCAAUGCGGGGCUCUGACUCGACACGGCGAUGACACAAAAUGGGGUGGCCGAGCGCGAGGCCCAAGGGGCCUGCAGUUCGGCCAGUCGGAAUCAAGAGAUCACAGCUUUGCA